UUUCGGAAUCCCUCUGAGUUUUUCUUCAUAAUAUUAGUUAUGGGUGGUGAAGAAAGCAAGACACAGAAAAGCAUUUUUAAUGAUACUGAACAACCAUAUGUUAAAAAACAUUACGAUUUAUUAGUUAAUCAGAAACCAUUGAAGUUCAUUCCUGCAACAUUAUCUAACAGAAUUUUUGAACAUCUGAAACACAGCCAUAUAAAAGAAAAAGUAAAAGGACAUGUAGCUUUUUCACAUUCAACCUUUGAAUUAUUUUUGGAGAGUACAGCCAGGGGUACAGUUACAGAUAAAUCCAACAUUUUAUUUCACUUGAGCAGCCCUAAAGAUGACACAGUUAAUUCUCAGAAUUUAUAUCAAACAGUUUAUGAGUUUGUAUUAGGGUUCCAGAAUAUAAUAAAAGAUUUACCACAAUGGAAGUGUUGGCAGACGACAGAUUACAAAGAACAAGGCACAGAAAGAUUUGUUUUGAGUUUGUUUUUUGAACUCUAUACCAAAGGAGUAAGUAAAAAAUUAGCGGUUCCCACACUAGGUGUUCCUAAAGACACAUGUUUUUCUGUGAUAGAUAUAGAAGAAUGGUUAACAAAGACGUCUAUGAUGAUCUGGAUAAUAGAUGUGGUUUUUCUCAACACCUUUUGUUUGGAUGAGGAAAAUGCGAGGAAAGAUGUUCUCCAUUCAUCUGUACAUGUACCUGUGAUAACAAAAUCAAAGACUUUACCAAUAUCAACAAUACUAGACAGAAAUGCAUUGAUUUAUCUUAAUAAUUAUAACUUGCCUAAACAUUUGACAUCUGAAUGGAGACUUUUGUUUUGUAAUUCUUUGAAUGGUGACAGUUUUUCACAACUUGUUGGUCAUAUAGUUAACAAGGGACCUUCUAUUAUGAUUGUUAAAGACAAAGACGGGUAUAUAUUUGGUGGAUAUUCUAGUCAAGGCUGGGAGUUAGGACCAAAGUUUUAUGGAUCUGCUGACUGUUUCCUAUUUACAAUAGCUCCACAGUAUGGUGUAUACACAACAACAGGUUACAAUGACAACUUUAUGUAUUUAAAUCAAGGACAAGAAACUUUACCCAACGGUCUGGGUAUGGGAGGUCAGUUUAACUAUUUCGGGUUUUGGAUUGACCACAGUUUUAAUCAUGGUCAUAGUAAAGCUGGACCUAGAUGUACAACAUAUGGAAGCCCACAGCUGUCGAAAUCUGCUGAUUUCACUGUAGAAAUGGUAGAAGUAUGGGCAGUUGGUCCAGAACCAAAGUCUGAGGAUAGUGAUGAUGAAGAUAAGGAUAAGAAACAGAAAAGUGUUUUACAAGACACAGAAUCUAAAGCUAUGUUAGAAAUCCUAGGAAAACACCAGCACAGUGAAGGAUACAAGGAAAGAGAAGAAGACGAAAUCAUGUCAGAAGAAAUGAAAAAGAAAAUGAAUGCUAUACCAAAGAUGUUAUGAUAUUUAAGUUCUAUAAACAGAUUCUAUGAAUAUAAAGUUAAGCUAGUACAUUCCAAAUAAAGCCAGUGUGUUUGCACUUUGAGUAUUAAGUAGUACUAUCAGUAGAUUAUAAUAAGAUAUAGUUAGGCUAGUACUUUCCAAAUACAGCCAGUAAAGUGGCACUUUGGGUAUGGAUUAAUAUCCUGUUUUUAUGCCCAGUAGUAGAGGGGCAUUAUGUUUUCUGGCCUGUUGGUCCAUUUGUUCAUUCCUUCGUCCGUUCUUCAACCAUUCGUCUGUCUGUUUAAACCGCUUCAGGUUAAAGUUUUUGGGCAAGGUAAUUUUUGAUGAAGUUGAAGUCCAAUCAACUUGAAACUUCGUACACAUGUUCCCUAUGAUAUGAUCUUUCUAAUUUUAAUGCCAAAUUAGAGUUUUCACCCUAAUUUUGCAGUCCACUGAACAUACAAAAUGAUAGUGCAAGUGGGGCAUCCAUGUACUUGGGACACAUUCUUGUUAUUUUCAAGGAGUUGUUUAUUCAUUUCAUCAAAAUUUAUCUCCACUGUUCAGGGGAAAAGUUCCAUGUCUUGCAGUAUCAAUUAAAACUUACAAAGCUAUAUUUUGGUCAAUAAAUAGACUUUUUUCAAAAUGUAAUGUGCAAUAGUUAAAUUGUAACCAUAUACUUAUGUGAAUCUGAAUUUAUUACUGCUGAAAACCUAUUAUGAUAUUUAUAUUUUAUUUCAGUUUUGGUUAUCAUUAUUUUUCCUUCUGAAGAGUGAGUGACCCAUAUUUGCCGCAAACUUUGUUCAUUUCCACUUAUAUCCGACCUACAUUUGAAUAUUCUGUACUUUUAUGUAGGAUUCAGAGAGUAUAUUAUAUGAAAAAAAAUUUUGAUAAAAGAAUUAUCUUCAAAACAUUGGUUAACUAAAAAUGAACGCAAACUCAAGAAAAAAAGUUGUUCAUGUGCCAUUGGGGACACAUUUUGGCUGCAAUGUAUGAUAUGUCAUUAUCCUGGUAUAUUAUAAAAGCGAUUAUUUGUAAUUACAUGAAUAAGCUUGAGAGAUCAUUCCUAAAAGAUAUUUCUCACAAAUAUUUACUUUAAGACUGCGCUUGAUUGCCAUUUUUUUUUUGAAAACACUCGCAUAUUUCUUAAUAUAUGCAAAUAACCUUGAAAAUUGGUUAAAGAGGAAUGUCAACUGUUCGAAUAUUACAUCAACCUUUACCAUCUAUUUAGGCAUGUACUUGGUAAAGGCACACAAA